GUCACCGACGUCGCGUCUCCUCCGCGUAGUGUUUCGUAGCCGUUUGACGCUAUGUGGAAAGUAGCAAUGUCGGAGGAGGUUGGGAAGGCGGUGCAGUCGGUGCUGGAGCGGGUGAAGCAGGCGGCGGCGCGGCGGCCCAAGACGCUCCCGGCCGUGCCGCCCCGCCUCGUAGCUGUCAGCAAGACCAAACCCCCAGAGAUGAUCGUGGAGGCCUACAGACAAGGACAACGCAACUUUGGAGAAAAUUACGUCAAUGAGCUCGUGGACAAAGCGUCGGAUCCUGUGAUUUUGGAGUCGUGUCCGGAAAUCAAGUGGCAUUUCAUCGGCCACCUGCAGAAGAACAACGUCAACAAGCUGUUGGGUGUUCCCAACCUCUUCCUCGUGGAGACGAUCGACUCGGCAAAACUGGCCGACCGGGUCAACAGCUCGUGGCAGCGCCUCCGGGGAGCGAGCAGCCAGAGGUUAAAGGUCAUGGUGCAGGUCAACACCAGUGGAGAGCAGAACAAACACGGCCUGCCGCCGGAGGAGACGGUCAACACGGUGCAGCACAUCGUGUCUCAGUGCUCCGGCCUGCAUUUCUCAGGACUCAUGACCAUCGGUCGGUAUGGCUACGACCUCACACUGGGCCCCAACCCUGACUUUCAGAUGCUGUUGAGUCGGCGGCAGGAGGUCUGUGACUCUCUGAAGCUGCCCAUGGAGGAUGUGGAGCUCAGCAUGGGCAUGUCCACUGAUUUUGAGCAUGCGAUUGAAGUGGGCGCCACCAACGUGCGAGUGGGCAGCAUCAUUUUCGGCAACAGGGAGUACCCCAACAGUGCGUUAAACACUCCUAAUCCCAGUCCCCUCCCCAGCCCAGCUCCCAGUCCUGAGAAAACAUCCAAGACGGUGUCGGAAGAUGCCGCCAAGAAGAUGCACCAUCUCACCGUAUCUGAACACUAAAAGGAGAUUAUUGAAACGCCUCCAGGACUUAAGGGGGGGGGAAACUCUACAUAUGAAAAACUAACAUAGCACUGGAGAGUUCUUACAUAAUUUUAAAGAAUAUUCACAAAUUAAUAAACUUUGGUUGCCCUUUUAGCUUUUUCUAAUCAUUAAAUCGACAUUCAGUUUAGAACUACAGCAGUUAGGAUGUCUUUUCCAUGUCUACCAAUGGUGUCCGACAGGUGUUUUUAACCUGGAGUGCUCUGACCUCCAAUGUAUGGAAGACUUUUUGUGACCACCACUUGAUUGAAACCGAUGAAAAAUAGUAACUUUGGAGUAAGGAUUUUUUGAAUUUAUUUUGUUUUAGAAACUGGGCCUUUCCGAUGUAGGUGUUAGCAGUCAAUAUCUUACCUGCAGAAGACGGCAGACAAAUAUAUCCGUUUAGUAAAAUCAAGAACAACAUGCUCAAAUUCCCAGAUUUCCUCAUCUCUUUUGCUUAAUCUGUUGCUAUUGAUACAGGUAUGUAGCACUAGCAUCCAUAUGGAUCUAUUACAUAUCCACCAGGAGCUGGUCUGACUUUCUAAAAAACAGACCAUCCACUGUAUAAUCUGGUUCAUAUGGAUAUUCUCUAGAGAUUGAUAGCAGAAUGGGGUAAGUGGUAUUUUCUUGAUUAAGAUCACAUUUCCAUUGUCCAAUAGUUGCUAUUUUACAGAUUAGACCCUUAAAAGGCAAUUCACUGCCAAGAUAUGCUUGUGAGUCAUAAAAUGGAGGUGUUCUACUAUUCAAAAUCUAUUUUUUUUUUUAAGAAAAUAAACGUUGAAUUGUUUUGGCUCUUCAUGGCUGUUAACUUGACACCCUAGUGUGAAUUUCUCCAAGAUUCUCUGAACAGAAAUCAAGUUCUGGCUACUACUGGUAGGAUAUUGACUGCUCACAGUUAGUCCACAUAGCCUCACUCCUCGUCAGACUAGUUCUUUUGUUUGUUUUUUUGUCAGGAAAAUGAUCUAAGUGGUGGUGGUAAAAGUUUCACACAUGGAGCCUUUUAGUUUUCAUUACUCUGGUACAAUUUAUUGUAACCGUGGCAACGUCCAUGAAAACAACUUCUCAUGGGUUUCAACAAGAAAUUGUUUAGCUGGUUCACCGUUUUCUAUCUUUCCAACUGAACAAUAUGAGGUCAAAAAUUCCACGCAGUACAAUGAGCCAUUGUUGUUAAAACGAGGAUUUGAUUUAAUAAAUAGUUUAUCCCUUUAUAACAAUUAUUGUGCAUUUGAUAUGGUUUCGUAUGAUGUGCCAAACGUGUCAGAUUAUAUUCUUGAUAUUGAUCAUUCCAAGGGAAGGUUUUGUUUCCGUUCGGUGUGUGUGUGUGUGUGUUUGUGUCUGUGCAGUGGUGUGUCGUUGGAGAUGAAAGGGAAUCUAUGCAAAUGUGAGGAGGUUUUUAAAACUGCCAGCUGUGACGUCGCAGUGGUUUCCUCUGAGAAACGCAGUGUUUUUCUGUUUCGUUAUAAAGUGUCAGUGGAAAAAAACAAAAUCAGAUUAACUGGUGGUUAGACGUGUCUUUACUGUCAUAAGGCAUUUUAGCAUUGUUUGGUUUGGUUUUUGAGGAGAGGCCAAAGCCAAGCAAUAAAUUUUACUGUUGAAAAUGUG